UCUCCCUGUUGAGCACCACUGCGCACUGUGGAUGCGGCAGAGUCCAGACCGGUCCCUGGUCCCUGCAGACUCAGGACUCAGGACUCAGGACCAGAGGAUGGAUUUGUCCCACUUCACUCUCCUCUGCGUGGCUGCGGUGUUUGCGUGGGAAACCCGCACCUUCCAGGCUCUGGUCAUCUCCUCCAGCAGCAGCAGCAGCAGCAGUGGCAGCAGCAUUAAGAAGAUCUUUGACGGACACGACGCGUCCAAAUACUUUAAGGAGUUUUACGCAGCGCCGUCCACGUCAUCCGCGGACAGAAACGGCAGAACCAGGUCCAAGGACGCGGUGGAACCUCACGACUACAUGCUCUCCAUCUACAAGACCUUCUCCACGGCAGAGAAGCUGGGACUCAACGCCAGUUUCUUCAGAUCCUCCAAAGCUGCCAACACCAUCGCCAGUUUUGUGGACAUCGGCAAAGAUGACCUCCCACUCUCCCCUCUGAGGAGACAGCGGUAUCUGUUCGACGUCUCAACCCUCUCCGAAAAAGCGGAGGUGCUGGGAGCGGAGCUGAGGAUAUACACCAAAGUGUCUGGGAAUUUCAGGAUAUCCGAGACCGACCCCGUCGAAUUCCAGCUCCUCUCCUGCCACGACCAGCAUCUGCUGGACUCCAAGACGCUGGACCUGCAGGAUUCCCACCGGCCACAGUGGGAGGUGCUGGACGUGUGGGAGAUUUUCAAAGACCGGCGCCGUCACCUGGGCCAAGGCGAGCCGUUCUGCCUGGAGCUCAGGGCCACGCUGGACAACCCAGAGAGGGAGCUGGACCUGCAGCUCCUGGGUCUGCACCGGCACGGACGGCCACAGCAGAAGAAAGCCAUCUUAGUGGUCUUCACCAGGUCCAAGCAGAGACAGACGCUCUUGAGCGAGAGACGGAAAGGCAGGCUGUUGCUAAGUCUGGACAGGAAAGCAGAAGACAGAGGUCACGGCACGAAAGCCUCCAGGUCAAGGAGGACAAUAUCGUCCAAAACUCGACACGGGAAGAGACACGGCAAGAAGUCCAAGUCCAGGUGCAGCAAGAAGCCGCUGCACGUCAACUUCAGAGACCUGGGCUGGGACGACUGGAUCAUCGCGCCGCUGGAUUACGAGGCGUACCACUGCGAGGGCGUGUGUGACUUUCCUCUGCGCUCCCACCUGGAGCCCACCAACCACGCCAUCAUCCAGACUCUGAUGAACUCCAUGAACCCCAGCAACAUGCCCCCCAGCUGCUGCGCCCCCUCCAAACUCAGCCCCAUCAGCAUCCUCUACAUCGACUCAGGAAACAACGUGGUCUACAAACAGUACGAGGACAUGGUGGUGGAGUCGUGUGGGUGCAGGUAGUGGAGCUGGCAGGUGUGGUGAUGAUUCUCUCUGGCCUCGUUGGUUUUGGUCUGGUCCAUGUUAGUGGGAAUCGAACAGCAACGUAGUCACAAGAUGAAGACUUUAAAACCAUGCACUUGGUGCAGUUAUACCUCAGACACUUCUUCUCCUGGAGGUUCUAGUCCUUCAUCCAGUCACUGUACCCUCAACAGUGCCUUCACAGUCAUCAACAAGUUCCCAGCUGUGUUUUUUUUUUUAGAACCAACAGUUAUUAGAUAUAGUUCAAUGAUAAAAACACCAGUUAACACUGGUACAAAAACGAAGAACAAACACAGCCACAGUCCGUAUUUCAAACGUACAGAUACAGAUGCAGAAACAAACCAAACACUUCAUUAUGGAGUUCUACAGAACCUGAAAUCCUGUGUUGCCACUCAACUAUUAAUGCCUCUGCGUCUGUUCGUAACUGCCAACAAAUGGUGCUGCUUGUUAACUUUAACGCCUCUGUGGCUGCAUAACAGAAUCAUGCAAAAUCCCUCGGUGCAAGAAAGGUCAUCAGAGCAAAACAACUUAAUUUAAGGACUGUCAGAUUUCGCUCAGAAACUACUUGUUUACGUUGCACAACAGAGACAGACCAAACGUUCGCUCGCCAUUUUUUAGAAACCAACAUAAAGUUAUUGAUAUUCUUAGAUUUAAAAAACAUAAUAUAAACUGUACAGAGAGUGGUUUACAGGCAAAGACAAACACCUAGACACAACAUGUGGCAGAACCUGAAGAGAAUAACUUUAAUGUAAACCUCGGAAAUAUUUCCAUACCUCGUCUUCAAAGGCCAGAUAAUUUUGACACGCCCUAAAAAUGAUUAUGUUUGAAUUGGACACAACCAGACAUUUCCCUUUUGAAUGGAUUGGUUGCACAUUUACAGCCGGAUUCAUACGUAAACAGGAUAAUGAGGUUCAGAUAAACAGCAUUUUUCUCCCUGACGGACGUCCAGGACGUCUAAGCCAGGAUUAAAACACACAUUUCUGAGUAUUAUUUAAUUUUUUCUUUUUUUUUUUUUUAAAUGCACCUGACAUGGCCGAUGACUCAGGGAAGGCCCUGGAUAUACAACACUUCACCACUUUGCCUGUUAGCUCUGGCUGAGGAGAUGCAUAAUUUUGUCCGUAAUGCACUGAUGUUCAAAAGGUACCAUGUGUAAAUAUUUGGAGUGAACGACGAAAAAGAAGACAAAAAAAAAAAAGACGAAGAAGAAAUAAUAAUAAUUUAUGAUCUAUGAAUAAGUUAUUGCUUUUUUAUUGUGGGCUUUGUUCCGUUAGAGCUUCCAGAUGGCAUGAGUCACACAUCUGGAUGCUCAGGUUCAGAUAAACACAUCUGGCUAAUGUUGCUGUAACCAGAGGUGACAGCCAUGUUCUUCGCUCACACACUGAAGCAUCAGAGCCUUAUCAGUGUUAUGGAUGUGUGAUGUAUCGACGAGAAAACAUGUAUCAAAAAAAAAAAG